AUGGCCAACUUAUUUCGAAAGUGGUUCUUAUCUCAGAAACCAGCAGGUUCCGAUGUUGCUGACUUACAGACAAGUUUGGAUAUCAAAAUAAGCUUGAGAAAGUUGAGAAAUUAUAAUCCAACCAAAAAGGAGAUAUGUCACUACGGGUUCUUGGGCUCUAUUAUGUUAUUCGUUUUUAUUACAAACCCAGCUGCUUGGAUAUUGAAAAUUCUCUUCUUUUCAACGCUAGGUCUGUUUUUUUUGAUACCUCUCACCUCUCAGUUCUUUUUCAACGCUUUACCAAUUUUCACUUGGCUAGGUUUGUACUUCACUUCGAACUACUUCCCUGCCACAGUGAGACCACCGAUUACAGUGAAAGUGUUACCAGCAGUGGAAACUGUCCUAUACGGUGACAAUCUAAGUGAUAUCUUGGCAACAUCCACCAAUUCGUUCCUAGACCUGUUGGCUUGGAUCCCCUACGGCCUUUUCCAUUUUGGCGCACCCUUUGUUGUGGCAGCCAUAUUGUUUCUCUUUGGGCCCCCUACGAUAUUACAAGGGUACGCCUUUGCAUUCGGGUACAUGAAUCUGAUUGGUGUUAUCAUGCAGAAUGUUUUCCCAGCUGCGCCCCCUUGGUACAAAAUCCUGUAUGGACUUGGAUCAGCGAACUACGGCAUGCAUGGUUCCCCAGGUGGUUUGGCGCGGAUUGACAAGCUGUUGCACAUCAACCUAUACACCUCGGCCUUCUCAAACUCGUCGGUCAUUUUCGGGGCCUUCCCAUCUCUACAUUCCGGGUGUGCCACAAUGGAGGCACUAUUCUUUUCGUACGCCUUCCCAUUCUUAAGGCCACUUUUCAUCUUUUACGUGUGCUGGCUUUGGUGGUCUACAAUGUACUUGACCCAUCACUACUUUGUAGAUUUGAUGGCUGGUUCGGUGCUUUCCUACGUUAUAUUCCUGUACACCAAAUAUAACCAUCUCCCAUUGGUAGACACAAGUCUAUUUUGCAGGUGGUCUUACUCGAAAGUGGAGACCUACGACAAGGAAAGGUCAAAUCCAUUGAAUGCAUCCCUUGAUGAUAUCGAAAACGUUCCGCUAUCGACCAUGGACACCGCGAUAGACCUGAGCCUUAGUGGAGACGAACGCUCAAUCAGUCCAUCCUAUAUUUUUGACAGAAACAGUAAUCUCUCUAGGUCGUCGGCCACGUCAAACACCUCUUUAGAUUUGCAGAACGAACCUUUCAGUCCGGUCCCCAGACUAGGGACCAAGAGGUUGGAUUGA